AUGGCUCUUGACGUCCUCUUUUCUUACGCCCUUGGUGGACUUUGUGCAUUUGCUGUGUCAGCUGGUGUUUUGUACGUGACUUUGGUUUUCCGCGACAUGGCCUUUCCGAAUGACAAGAAGCGGAUGUUGGAUAAGAGUCUGCUCAAUCAGAGCUAUGUACUGGACGAAAAGACUGGUGUUCGAGGUUCUCCGUACAUUAAGAACGGACCGCUGCUGGAUACACUGAUGGGAAACUUGAGGACUCUUCACGAAGCCUUCCAACAUGGCAUCAGCCUUGCCAGGGAUAAGCCGUGUAUGGGUUGGCGGGAGACGCCCACGUCCUCUUACCAGUGGCUGACCUACAGCGAAGUGUAUGACAGGGUCUGCCUGCUUGGCUCCGGUCUUCGGACCUUCCGCCCCGCCAAUGCCGAAAUAUUUUGUAUUGGAAUUUACGCCGUAAACUGCGUUGAGUGGGCCGUUACCCAGCAAGCUUGCUCCACUUUCGGCUAUGUCAUUGUCCCCUUAUAUGACACCCUCGGUGAUGUGGCUCGAAAGUACAUU